AUGAUGCUAUCGACAUUCCACCUGAUCGCUGCCCUCGGCGAGGCGACUGCCACGCCGUACUUCAUCUACCGCCUGCGUGACGCUAUGCUCGUAGACCCUACCGGCCGCCGAAUCCUCAAGGACCGCCCUCGCAUAAACUCGACCACCCUCACUCCCGAAUACCUCCGCUCCCUCCCCGAAAACUCCGUUGGCAGGGCCUACCUCGGCUGGCUCGAGCGCGAGGGCGUCUCCUCCGACACCCGCGCCCAGGUCCGCUACAUCGACGACGAGGAGUGCGCCUACGUCAUGCAGCGAUACCGCGAGUGCCACGACUUCUAUCAUGCCAUUACCAACCUGCCCAUCGUGCGCGAAGGCGAGGUCGCUCUCAAGACGUUCGAGUUCGCAAACACCCUCCUCCCCAUGACGGGGCUGAGCAUGUUCGCCGUUGCCACCAUGAAGCCCGCCGAGAGGAAGCGAUUCUGGAGUACGUACUUUCCCUGGGCGGUCAAGAACGGCGUACGGAGCAAGGAGGUCAUAAACGUAUAUUGGGAGGAGCAGCUAGAGAGGGACGUGGACCAGCUCAGGGAGGAGCUGGGCAUUGAGCGUCCUCCGGACAUGAGAGACCUGAGAAAGAGAGCGCGAGCAGAAAAAAAGCGGCUGGAGGAGUUGAAGAAGUCGCGCGCCAUUUGA